CUAUCUUGAGAUGUGAUUGGACGAAAGACACAUUUAAACACUUUCCCUAUAAAAACAUUUUUUUCCUGCUUGGGAAAGUUCAUUUUCCUCAAAAAGGGGUGCUCAGUAUGUCCUAACAAACAAAUACCUCAUACUUAGGAGAACUGGAACUGGAUAUUAGGCAUUACAACAAAGUCAUUUACAUUGACUCGGAAACAGAAGUUAUUUUGGAAGAAACCUGGAGGAUACACUCGGAUAAGUGGACAGUGUUUGCGCUGGAUUUAUACUUCAGUCCUCUGUGUGACUGUGUGUGUGUGUGUGUGUGUGUGCUGUUGUUGUUUGGCUCCCCCCGUGCGGAGUUGAAGCCGUCCUCUCGUGCGCGCGCUGCGUAUCGCAGGGUUUGGUCUGUUCUCUGUGUGCGCCGCGGGACUGGCUGUGGCCGCGCUACUUCCGGGUUCCGUCAUUCCACUGUGCGCCGCUCAGCGCUGUGAACUCACUCUGUUCUAUAAGCGCGCCAGCAGCCAACCUGCCAACACUCGCUGACACUCACUCAUCUCAGACCGCGCCAUAGACGAAUACCUGCCGGGGAAGGGAGAGAUCUGCAAUGGCAAUCUUUUAAUUUUGUCGCUGUUUUCCGUCUUCCUUUUUUUUCCACAGCACUCAUAAAACAAGAAAACGAAGCGGAGGCGUGGAGGAGACGCGGAGUUGCUGGAUGAAAACGGACUAAAAAGAUUUCGUCCUCUCUUGAACAUCAUCACCGACCAUCAUUCAUUCAUUACCUUGACAACCUCUGGCUUUGAUUGACAGCCGGAGUGGCAAAAAGCCAUGAGACACGACAGUUUAGUUACAUGCAGGUUGUUGAUGGGCCGAUUGUAACCUUCAGUUUGCUUCUUGACAUUUUUUCUACUUUUUUGGGGGCAAGGAGGAAAACAAGAAAAAUUGCCAAACUCUUCCCGAUGCCUGUGCUCGGUCUGAACUGUAUUGGAGAAUAGGCGAAUUCACGAAGUUGGUUGAAAAAAGGGAAUCUUACCACUAAAUCACGUCCUUACAGGACUGGGAUAUUAAAUAUACGACACGUCCCGGAGUUUAUUGGAGCGCAGCCUGAUGGCGCAGAGGUACGAUGAGUUGGCCCAUUACGGCGGUAUGGACGGGGUCGGAGUUCCGGCGUCUAUGUACGGGGACCCGCACGCGCCUCGGCCGCUGACCCAAGUGCACCAUCUGAACCACGGGCCGCCGCUGCACGCGAGCCAGCACUACGGCGCACAUGCCCCGCAUCCCAACGUAAUGCCCACCAGUAUGGGCUCAGCUGUCAACGACGUUUUAAAGCGGGAUAAAGAUCAAAUUUAUGGUCACCCGCUUUUCCCUCUGCUCGCGCUGGUGUUUGAGAAGUGCGAGCUGGCGACGUGCACGCCCAGAGAGCCCGGGGUGGCGGGAGGCGACGUCUGCUCCUCCGACUCCUUCAACGAGGACAUCGCCGUCUUCGCCAAACAGGUUCGCGCGGAAAAACCUUUAUUUUCUUCAAAUCCAGAGCUCGACAAUUUGAUGAUACAGGCUAUCCAAGUAUUACGGUUUCACCUUUUGGAGUUAGAAAAGGUGCAUGAGCUCUGCGACAAUUUUUGCCAUCGGUACAUCAGUUGCUUGAAAGGAAAAAUGCCAAUAGAUUUGGUCAUCGAUGAGCGGGACGGCAGCUCGAAAUCGGACCACGAGGAACUUUCUGGAUCUUCCACCAAUUUAGCCGAUCAUAACCCAGCUUCCUGGAGAGACCACGAUGACGCCACCUCCACACACUCGGCAGGCACGCCAGGGCCCUCCAGCGGAGGACAUGCCUCACAGAGUGGAGACAACAGCAGCGAACAAGGAGACGGCUUAGACAACAGCGUGGCCUCGCCUGGUACAGGUGACGAUGAUGACCCAGACAAAGAUAAAAAGCGGCAGAAAAAACGUGGCAUCUUCCCCAAGGUGGCUACCAACAUCAUGCGAGCAUGGCUCUUCCAGCACCUCACACACCCAUACCCAUCAGAAGAACAGAAAAAGCAGCUAGCCCAAGACACAGGCUUAACCAUCUUACAAGUAAACAACUGGUUCAUUAAUGCCAGAAGAAGAAUAGUACAGCCCAUGAUUGACCAGUCAAAUCGAGCAGGUUUUCUUCUUGAUCCUUCAGUGAGCCAGGGAGCAGCAUACAGUCCAGAGGGUCAGCCCAUGGGCAGCUUUGUGCUGGACGGCCAGCAACACAUGGGAAUCCGGCCAGCAGGUCUGCAGGGCAUGCCAGGGGAGUACGUACCUCAGAGUGGUCCUAUGGGCAUGAGCAUGGCACCGCUACCUUAUUCUUCUCCACCUCCUCCUCCUCCACAGAUGCCACCACACCUCUCUCAGCUACGACACGGACCCCCGCUGCACUACGUUCCGGGCCACGUGCCUCCUCACCCCGCCAUGCUGAUGCACGGAGGACCUCCUCCUCAUCCCGCCAUGAGCAUGUCUGCACAGAGCCCCCCUAUUCUCACCCCCAUCAACCACAGCACUGGUGGACAAGGCCUGGACAUCCACGCCCAGUAGUGUAAAGGGAACCAGACAAGAGCAAGCGAGAAAACAACUCUAAACUCCCCCCUGCCCACUCCACUAAAGCGAUUUUGUUUGUGACUAUUUUUAAGAGCAGAAUGAAAAUGGAACAAUUUUGACCAGAAUUAGACACUCAACAUAUGGAAUUCCAGAUGAGCUGUGAUAAUUUUUUUAAUCUUGUCAAAUUUGUUACUUUCAUCGAUGGAGGACCAAGCUGACAAGAACACUUUGUAAAGUCUUGGACUUUUGUUAAAGAUCAACAGAAGACAUUUUGGACUUAUUGCACGAUAGUGCAAACUGAAAUAAACACACACACAAACAUACACACACGCACCCACGCACGUACAUAACACUCAUUGAAACAUGCUCUCAUUUGAACCAUUUUAAAGAAAUAAUUCUGGAAGAUUUAAAAAAAAAAAAAAAAAGACAAAAGAGACUCCAAGAGUUACAACUACUGUAGUAUAAAAGUAUAGACACUAAGUUAAAACUUGUGCAUUUUGGUUGAUCACUCGAUUUAUGUUUCCAGAACUAGUGCUAGAAUUAAAGGUUUAACCCCCUGCUUUUCACACUGUGCGUGCUGUUCCCUGAAGGAGAGGUGGUCUCAUUGCAGCAAUAAAAAAAUAAUUCAACAAAGAAAUAAAUAAAGGAAGAAACAUCUCUGAAAAAUAUUGGCACUAACACUAAGACCUGAGCAGGCAGUGGACCUGUCCUGAUAAGGACCAGAAGUAGCACUCUACAGAGAGGCUGCUGAGUGAAGCCUGCUCUCUCUGUCUGAUUCAACACGAACCUUUAUUUCAGGCCCCUCUUUUUUGGUUCAUGAAUGAAUGUUUCCCUGUAGGUAAAGUUCUUAGUUUGAAUUGCCCAAGCACUGGAUUGUGUUGGUUUUAUACAUUUUUAUUUUAUUUUUUAUUUUAAUUUUUUUUUUUUUGUAUCAUGGACUCUAUCAUGGAAGAGCCGAUUGAAGGAAGCAUAUCCGCUGAAAAGCAACAUCCCACAGUAGUUUCCAUGCCUCUGGAUCAACACGCGCACCAUAUGGACAGCACACACACACACUAUGGUGGAUUCUUUGGCACUUAAAGAAGCUAUCGGUGGUUGAUGCACCAAAAAAACUUUCUUUUUUCUUUUUUUUUUUUUUUUUUUUAAAAAAGGAGAGGAUAAAAAAAGAACUUAAAUUAUGAACUCAAAGCUUGGAGAAGAGCUAAGAGAAUAUUGUAACAAACUUCGUACAGAGUUCAGUCUAUUAAUUGUUUCCUGUUAGAUAUUCUAUGUGUUUACCUCAAUUGAAAAAAGAAUGUUUUUUGCUAGUUUCAGAUCUGCUGUGGCAUUGAUAUUGUAUGUCCAUGAAUUCCUUCCUUUUUCAGCACGUGUUCCUCACUAGAUGAUAAAGAUGCUGUCCCCCCUUAAGCUUUGUCAAAAAAAAAAAAAAUACAUUAAAUACUUGUAUGAGGACUGUGACGUAAUGUUUCAAAGGUGUUCAGUCACAAAUGCUGUAAUAAAUAUUUCAUUUUUGAUUUUGUUAGA